AUGGAUAUCGAGAUGUCUAGACGGAAUAAGAAACCCAGACCCGUUCUUGAAUCAGAGAAACAGGAGCUAGGCGAGUUUGCGGAGGGCAUCCAUUAUUCUCCCAGGUACUCCGAUAGUGAAUAUGAAUACCGACAUGUUCAGUUGCCCAAGCCUAUGCUCAAGAAAAUCCCAAACGAAUACUUCGACCAUGCUAAGGGGACACUGAAGCUGCUGUGGGAAGAAGAAUGGCGGGGACUAGGGAUCACUCAGAGUCUAGGCUGGGAACAUUACGAAGUGCAUGAGCCAGAACCACACAUCUUACUGUUCAAGCGACCAGUGAACUACAAACCGCCCGUCUCGCAGUAA